AUGAGUUCAUUUAAGGGAAAUAUGAGAGAGUCUCAGAGAGCACUACAGCUGCUCAAGGAACGUGAAAAGGAGCGUCAAGAAAUCGAAUUCCAAAAGAAGAAACUAGAGGCAGAAUUGCGCGUUGGCGAAUUUACCAAUAAGUUCACCAAACAUCAUGAUAGUAUUGAGGGCCAAUUGAAAACAGACACCGUUGGUUUGGUCACCCUUGAUGAGAUGAAGGCUCGUCAACAGGCUGUCAUAACACAGCGGGAAAAAGAACUUGCUCUAGGUAAAGCUAACAGAGCCAAGUUCCUAGAAGCUAAACACAACAAGCAUGGUGCCGUUCGUAGGGGUCCAAUAUCUUUCAAUGAAGAUGAAGAAGAGGAAGAGCUUCUAUUUGAUAAAUGUGCAUCUAAAGUAGAACUUAAACGCCAUCUUGAGAAAGAAGAGGUGGAACAACAACUCCUAGGAGAAUUAGUCACAACUCCCGAAGGAGAUGGUGCCGAUAAUUCUGUAGCGAAAGCAAUAGUUUCUAGCUGUGAAGAGGCAAUUCAAGCUGGUGUUGAAACCUUCAAUAAGAAGCGAAGACGACUGGGCAAAAAUCCUGAUGUUGACACAAGCUUUCUACCUGAUAUUGAUAGAGAUGAGGAGGAGAAACAACUUAGGGAGGAAUUGCGUCGCGAGUGGCAUGCAAAGCAAGCUGCUAUUAAAGAAGAAGAAAUCAAUAUCACCUAUAGCUACUGGGAUGGUUCGGGCCAUCGUCGUCAAGUUAAAAUGAAGAAGGGACACUCAAUACAUCUUUUCCUUCAUCGAUGCUUGGAACAGCUGAGAAAGGAUUUCUCAGAGCUGAGGGCGGCCUCCGCGGACCAAAUGAUGUACAUAAAGGAAGAUUUAAUCAUCCCGCAUCAUUAUUCGUUCUAUGAUUUUAUUGUAACUAAGGCUAGAGGAAAGUCGGGUCCUUUGUUCGCAUUUGAUGUAUAUGACGAUGUGCGCAUUCGAAUGGAUGCCAGCAAGGAGAAAGAGGAGUCUCAUGCGGGAAAAGUCUGCUUACGAUCAUGGUAUGAGCGCCAUAAACAUAUCUUUCCCGCCUCUCGAUGGGAGCCCUACGAUCCGGCAAAAAAUUGGGAUCAAUAUACAAUCUCAGACAAGAUGUCUGUUAAAAUUAAUGUUAAAUGA